CAAAAAUUUGUCAGUGCCAGAAUAGCCUGACUGAGACAGGCUGACUGACUGGCAACUAGCAACUGGCAAUAUAGGCUAGGCCUAAGAAUCUUGAUCUAGAAUUUACUGCUGGAGACAACUCUGUGGUUCAAGGAGAGUUUGGGAAGCAUGGCUUCUGAGUUAUUUGACACAUAUGACCUAAAAGUAGGGUCACCCCCGAAACCUUCUAAUGGCCACAAGAAAACAUGGAGGGAACUUCAGAAUACUGUCAGGGAAACCAGGAAAGCAAUAGCUCGCUUGACGCCCUCUGUGCCAUGCAAUUUUCAGUUUCGCACAAUCACAGAUGAGUUUGGUAACACCAUCACUCGGCUUUAUUUUCUUGGUGCUCUUGAAAUGGGCAAGGACAGUACUUUACUCCAAGCUGAUAUACCAGACACGCCUCUGAGUCAGCCAAUGGGAGGAGGAGAUGCCUCAUCGUCUCAGGCUGACAGUGCCGGAGGGGAUGCUUGGUCGCAGAGCCUGCCGGCCUUGUGGGCGUCGGCUUUGUUCUCGAGCCAACCGAGCGGGACGGCUGCACCGAUGUCGCGGGAGGAACAGCUACUCAGAGAGCGCAAGAGGCUCUGCUCCUAUGGGCUGACCUCGUACGAGCUGAGCCGAGAGGACGGACUGUUUGUCAUUCCCGCCAGUAACAGUCUCUACGUCUGCCAUGACUCGGGGGAUGGUGCCCCGGUACCAACAGAGGUCCCAACCAUGACCUAUGGAGCUCGGCUGGAUCCGAAGCUCUGCCCGUCCAACACAGACCUCCUGGCUUUUGUGCAUGAAGCUGACCUGUGGCUGACCUGCCUUGGUACUGGCAAAGAGAUCAGACUCACGUACGCCCGCAAUAGUUUCCCCUCGAGGCUGGAGGAGGAGUACUUAAGUGCCGGGGUGCCCAGUUUCGUCAUCCAGGAGGAGUUUGACCGCUACACGGGCUACUGGUGGUCACCUGUCUGCCAGAGACCUUCAGAUGGCAAACGGGUUUACCAUAUUCUUUACGAGGAAGUCGACGAGUCAGACGUUGAUAUCGUGUCUCUCUUCGCCCCGACAGAACACGAUACGAGCACGGAUCAGUACAGGUAUCCUAAAGCGGGUACCGCCAACGCUUUAAGCAAUCUGAAGCUGCUGGAGAUUAGUCUGUUCUUCUCCGGGCCCACAACACAAGUGACGGAUAUACAAGUGACAGAACGCAGUCUGAAGCCUGGCCUGUUCCAGAUGUGUCCGUGGGGAGAGUACUUGGUCCGGGCGGGCUGGACAGCCGACGGGAACUAUGUAUAUGCUGUGGUGAUGGACCGGCUACAGAUGAGGCAGGCUGUGCUGCUCAUUUCCCCGUACUCGUUCCGCUCGGAGGCGGCCGACGGCCCGGCUCCCCAUAUACAGUGCAUUUUUGAGGAAACUACAGACGUCUGGAUAAACGUUCACAACUGCAUCCACUUCCUCCCACAAACGUCUGAGUCGGAGAUCUCCUUCAUCUUUGCCUCUGAGAAGUCGGGCUUCUGCCACCUCUACCUCAUCACCUCAAAGCUCCGCCCCCAGGGGGUGGGAUUUCUUCACAGUGGGCAGGGCGACGGGCCAGAGAGUUACCCGUCCCAGGCUGUCAAGGAAGUGGUCUUGACCUCAGGCCAGUGGGUCGUUCUUCCAGAGCAGGUGCUGGUGGACGAGGCGCGUCAGAUGGUGUACUUCAUGGCGCUCAAGGACACUCCUCUAGAGCAUCAUCUCUACGCUGUCUCGUACAGCCAGCCGACCCCGAUGACUCCCAUACGUCUCACGUCACCGGGCUCUUCCCACAGUGUACAUAUUAGUGAGGACUUCAGUAAGUUUGUUACAGUGUUCAGCUCCCUCCAGUCCCCGCCCCAGAGCUGUGUGUACAGCAUACAGCACACCGGGCCCGCUGACCUUUCCUUUCAGCCCAUCGGUCAACUCACACCAAAGACAGCCACCCUGGGCUACACCCCUCCCAGUCUCUUCCAGUACCCGAGUCGAGCUGGUCAUGUGACAUAUGGCCUCUACUUCCUGCCCCGAGGCUAUGAACAGGGUCGCCGCUAUCCCACAGUCCUAUUUGUGUAUGGAGGGCCACAAGUCCAGAUGGUCUCGAAUUCGUUCAAGGGCCAAAAGCUGCUGCGACUCCACACACUGGCGGCUGAGGGCUACGCUGUUGUCGUCAUUGAUGGCCGGGGGUCUUCCAAUCGGGGUCUGGCUUUUGAGUCAGUGCUGAAGAACCAGUUGGGUACCGUGGAAAUAAAUGACCAGGUGGAAGGACUUCUGUGGCUGGCCUCGCAGACAGACUUUAUUGACAUGUCCCGAGUGGCCAUUCAUGGCUGGUCUUACGGGGGCUACCUGUCCCUGCUUGGAUUGGCACAAAGAGGAGACGUCUUUAAGGGAGAACAAACUUUUGCUCAUCCAUGGCCUGAUAGAUGAGAACGUUCACUUCCUCCACUCCAGCUCUCUCAUACAGCAGCUGAUUACCCACUGUAAACCUUACCAGUUACAGGUGUACCCCAAUGAACGCCAUGGCAUCAGGAACCAUGAGGCCAGCGAGCAUUACAAGACCACCAUGCUACAGUUCCUGCAGGAGCACUUGUGACCUUUGAACCCUCGUUUACACCCUGGUAGGGUAGGCACAGGGGAUGUGAAAAAAAGACAAAGAUUAAAUAGAGAGAAUGAAAAGAAAGAUUAAAAUUGAACAUAGAGGAUGGAAAGAAAGACUAAGACUAAAUAGAGAGGAUGGAAAGAAAGACGAAAGUGUAUAGAGACGAUGGAAA